AUGCCUCCCACUCCUGAUCGUCUUUCUCCCUUGAUCCGCCUAUUGGGCAUGAUCUGGUUCUCUUUUUGUCUGCACUGGGAAGUUUUGACUCAAGCAAUUCGGCGAGACGGUCUGGUGGCACUUAGUCGCCCACAACAAAUUCGAGAUGCAGCUUCAGCGAAGCUAUUCAAUAUCGCCUCGGCCAAUUUCAUCGCUUACGAAGAUACAACCAUUGUCCCCUCACUGGUAAAAUCCGCUAGCGGGGUUAUUAUUGAUUUGGGUCCUGGACCAGGAAACCAGAUCCAUCGUUUUGAUACCUCUCUUGUCGAACGCAUUUAUGGUGUUGAGCCAAAUGCACAAUUCAAAGACGCCAUAAAAGCCAAACUGGACAAGCAUGGCCUCCAGGAUAAGUAUAAGGUUGUCAUUUGUGGCAUUGAGGAUAGUGAUAUUCUGAGAGAAGAGGGAAUCACGGAGGGGAGCUUGGAUACCGUGUUGUGUAUUCAGGUUCUGUGUGCGGUCAAGGACCCGAAGAAUGUGAUAAAGGGGAUCUGGAAACUGCUCAAACCCAGAGCAUGUUGCAAUCCUGCCUGGAGCACAUUUGUCGGAUGCAAUUUGACCCAGAAUGUGCUGGGAGAUAUUCUCAACAGUGGAGAAUGGGAAAACCCACACGAGAUCGAAGAACCUGAGGAGCCACUCAGUUUACUGCCUCGAAUCCAGGGUGUACUCAUCAAAAAGGCUUGA